UCAUCCUUGUAUGCAGUUCAGUUGUUCACUAGUUAAGAAGAGAUAUUCCAAGAGAAAAAGAUGAAGUUGAAGAUGUGUAAUGUCGAGAGAGAAGAGAAGAGUGAGGUUGAAGAUGAAGUUUUGUGGGAGACCCAUCACGUGAAGAUCUCCAAGGUGCGUCUGGUCGGGUUAGGUAUAGCAGUAAGUGGUGGUUAUGACAACCCAAGUAAUGGUGAUCCUUCCAUCGUUAUAUCUGACGUCAUCAAGAUUGGACCAGCAGAGGGAAAGUUACAGAUAAAUGAUCGUGUGUUGAGUGUGAACGGUCACUCCUUUGACCAUGUUGACCAGUCUACGGCUAUCCAAGUAAUAGUGGACUGCGGGGAAACUGUGAAUAUGGUGGUCAGCAGAGCGGUGGUCAGUCCUUGUCCAGGUGUCCUUGCUCAGUCUAGUGCGCCGUUGACCAGGAACAUUAAAAGAAAUGGUUCUUUGUUUGCAAAGUCAAGAACGUGAUUAGUAGAGUUAAAAGAGGAAAGCAGCAAGAUGUGACCAAUGAACAAAUCCUUAACAACAGC